GACAGGGCAGUCAUGUUUCUCUGAGCUCCCUAAGAGGUCCCGACUCUAAACUACGUUAUGAAGUAAAACUACUAGUAAAUAUUUGUAAAAAUCAGUUCUCAGCUUGAAGUAUGAAGAAAAGCAAUAAGUUUAUGCCACCUGCAGUCAAGACUUCGCAUUCUAAAAGUGAUCACGACUAUUCUGUGCCAAUGGAAUCAGCUGCAGCUAGCAAACGGGAAAGGGAAGCCAGUACCCCGACCAGCACUCCGGAAAAAAACACACACAUGGAAAAAAGAACCAAAGGUACGUCCCAGGAUCAAAUGAACACUGAGGCUAUUUUGAGCGCUAUAAGUUCCUUAGGACAGAAAUUAGAUGACCGCAUGGAAGAAGUUGGCAUGCAAAUAAAGCAGCACAGUGCUAUGCUAGCGGCUAUUGCUAAAUCGGUUCAGCUCAACUCAGAGGAGCUAAACGAUUGCAAAAAGAAAAUAAUAGAAUUGGAGAAACAAGUGGAUACACUUUCCAAAGAGAACGUGCAGUUGAAAGGAGGAGUCCUGAACAGUGAAAGAUAUAAAAGACGGUGGAGCCUCCGCAUAAAAGGAAAGAAGGAAAAGUCUGGUGAGAACAUCCGAGAUGAAGUUGUGGCGCUUCUGUGCAAAAUUGCACCUGAUUUGGCUUCAAAGAUGGAUGAAGAGGUUGAUGUUGUCCACAGAGUCGGUCGAAAGAUGCAUGACAGGGACAGACAGAUCAUCAUUCUGUUUGUGAGACGAGCCUUGAGAGACGACAUCUGGAAGAGAACUAAAACUUCUCCAGUUUGCAAAGAAGAAGGAGUUCGCUUCUCUGAAGAUUUGACACCAGAAGAUUGGAAAGCAAGACAAGCUAUGUGGCCAAAAAUUGAAAAAGCAAGAAAAGAAGGCAAAGCUGCGGGUUUCAGGGGCCCGUUUGGUUUCAUUGAAGGAAAACGCAUCAUGGAUAUUUCUUCAGCUGAGAACUGAGUGCAGCAGAAAUGAAUAUGGAAAGGGGACUAAAAGACUCACUUAAACGGAAAGCAGUUUUU